UGUUUUCCAAUAGAGAUAUUUUCUUCUCCAAAUGAAGUCAAAUGCACUUUUCCUGUUCCCAAAUCAUUCAUUUCCUAUGAUUCAUCCACUUCGAAAAUUUCCAUACCCUAACCCUUUCUCAUUUCCUCCAUGGCUGCUCUAUCAAUAGGCCAUUUAUGUCCAAUUCUAGAUCAUCAGCUCAAUGCCAUAAAAAAUUCAAGAAAGUUCAUCUCAGCUUGUAGCAAAAACCGCGAUCCGUCUAACGCGAAAACGAAGAAGGGAAGUGCUGAAAAGAACAAGGGAAUAGUGCAGCACAUGGAGAAACUUGGAGGGGUGAUGAUGGAUAAUUUGAGUCCAAAGCAGAAGGGUGAUUGGAAAGACAUAACUCUAAUGAGCCUCUCAUUUGCUGUAUAUAUCUAUAUGUCACAGAAGAUUGUCUGUGCUUACUGUGCAUGGAUGUCUAUUCUCAGAUAGUAAUAAUUUUCCUUCUUUUUUAUUCCAAUUCUUGUAUGAAUUGAGAUGAGGAAUUAUGGGUUCUCAUCUUUUUAUUGUAUGUCUUAUUUUUAUUUUUUUAAGUUGCUGUUAUUUGGGUAGCGUCCUCAGUUAUGCUGUAUGAUCCUGCCAGUUUGUAAGUUUAUUGUCCAUUUAUACUGUCUAGUUG